CUUCUGAUAGCUUCGUCUGUCACACCUUUGAGCCCUUCGCCACCACUAUCUUAUUCUCAGGUGGUGAUUUGGGUUUCGGCUACAUAUACUACACAAACCGGCUCACGAGUAAUGGAUUCUCGGAGACGUCAAAAAGACAAGAACGGAUCAGCGCGGGUUGGGAUAGCCAAAAAAAGCGCGGAAAAAUGUGGGCUAGAAAUGCCCUCCUCUACCACCCAUCACGACUGUAGAAACGUACAGCAUUACCAACCUCUACAUGUUGAGCCGAUAAACAGGCGGAUAUGGUCGCUAGGGGUAAGGCGGAUCAGCCAACAGCCUAUACAAACUUGUGAAAGCGUAUUGGUAGAUAUGUCAAUGUCAAUCCGCUACUAA